AUGGAGGAAAACACACGAUUACCUGCAUCACAACGCUGUUGUACUCUAUCAAUAUCGCACGGUAAAGAUGGAACAGACAGCACUUGCUGCGGCCUUCUUAUUGACACAAGACAUGGAACUGUCCUCACCCAUGCCUCACUCUUGUCUCAGAUGCUAACAAGUAAUUCAUCUGUUCUUAGGGAUUUAAAACAAGACUAUUUUUCACAGUCAAAACAAUUAUCUCUUUUUAACGUUGAAGCCCUUUUUCAGGAGGGUCUCCAAGAAAAUGAAGAAGACAAUGACAAGGAACAGUCUUCAAAUGGCAAACUUACCCCAAAUUUUCUUAAUAGUGAGUUGAGUAAUAAUUCUGGAUUUGUAAAAUAUGAUGCUUCGGUUGAGUGUAUUUUUCAGAGCUGGUCACUGAAACAAGUUCUUGCAAAAUUGUUACCUGCUGACAGCUGGGACUUUGUGGAAAACUUUUCUGAAAUUGAUCACGGGAAUGAAAAAAAGGAGAAGAGAAACCAAAACAGUCCAGAGUAUUACAGUUUACUUCCUUGUUUUCUUGUUUUGAAAUUAAGGAACUGGAAACCCUUUGAAAGCAUUCUAGAUAUGCACUUAUCAGUUAAUACUCGACAGGGAGACCAUGUAGAAAUACAGUCUACUCCCUUUGGAAGUGUGAGUCCAGAGAUUUUCUUUAAUUCUUGUAGUCAGGGAAUCAUAAGCAAUCUUGUAGGGAAAAACAACAUCCUGAUUCUGACAGAUGCCAGGUGUAUCCCAGGAGCCGAAGGUGGCGCCCUCUAUUUCUGUGAUGGAAAACACAGAACUUUGGUAGGUAUUAUGAUAGCCACUUUGUGUUGGAAGCAUAAUGAAUGGGUUGGACUAUCAUUGGCUGCGUCUUUGUCCGAGAUCCUAGACUGUCUCAGUGGUCUGCCAGUGAAACGGUUCAACAAUACAUAUAAUGCAAUCAACAAUACGCAAUGGACAAUGUCGAAGGUGAUUAAGUCUGUUCAAGUCAACAUCCCACUGCUGUCUGUCAAUGGUAACUGGGGAUCUGGUGUCUGUGUGGGGCACAACAGCCAAGGUCAUAGGGUCAUCCUUACCUGUAGUCACGUCAUUGGCAAAGGUGAUCUUACCUCCAUGGAGGUAGUGUAUAAGCCUGACCCAACUUCUCACCGAGCAGACAUAGUCUACCGUGUACCUAUGGGUCAGCAGUUUGACCUUGGAAUCCUGCUUGAACAGAGAAUAACAACUACACACCAGACUGGCAUCAAAGUCAGAAAGACUGCUCCACUCAGACAAGGAGAAGCUGUGUUUGUGAUAGGUCAUGCUUUGUUUGGUAGAGGAUUUGACCUUGAACCAACUGUAACAAAGGGGAUCGUGUCAAAGGUCAUACAUUUCAGAAACCAGCCGGUGAUGAUACAGACAACAUGUGCGGUCCAUGCUGGAGCCAGUGGUGGGGCAGUUGUAGACAUGGAGGGUAGACUGGUGGGUCUUGUUGUCUGUAAUGCCAGAGACACAUCAACAGGAGCCACUUAUCCCCAUAUCAACAUGAGUGUUCCCAUAGCAACCAUUAGUCCUAUAUUGGACUCUUAUCUAGAGUCAGGGGAUAAAUCUGUCCUACGGGCCUUGUGUGUUAGAAAUCCAGUUAUACACAGCCUUUGGACCAUGGAAAAAUUUACACACGAUGCAGGAGUCUUCACCAGCAAAUUAUGAUACACAAAACUGAGAAAUCAGAUGUGCUAAAUACUUAUGAACAUUAAAGUACACGAUGUAUCUAAGUACACAAAUGGAGAACUUUUGAUGUGUAUUAUUUGGUCCUGAUGUGAAUACAUGUGUUUGUGUGUAUUAUUUGGUCCUGAUGUGAAUACAUGUGUUUGUGUGUAUUAUUUGGUCCUGAUGUGAAUACAUGUGUUUGUGUGUAUUAUUUGGUCCUGAUGUGAAUACAUGUGUUUGUGUGUAUUAUUUGGUCCUGAUGUGAAUACAUGUGUUUGUGUGUAUUACGUGCGGAUUCAUGUGUUUGUGUUUAUUCAGUAUGAAUUUAAUAGUGCUGUUUGAGAUGAGCUAGAACUAGUGUAGAUAAAUGUGUUUUAUUAAUUCAGUAUGUGUAAUUACUGAUAGACUUGUGUGAGAUGAGCUAGAACUAGUGUACAUAAAUGUGUUUUAUUAAUUCAGUAUGUGUAAUUACUGAUAGACUUGUGUGAGAUGAGCUAGAACUAGUAUGGAUACAUGUGUUGUAACGAUCUUGAUAGGACUUCCAUCUAUUGUAAAUAUAUGUAAUUGUUGAUAGACUAUGUGCUGCUUGAUAGGAGUUUUAUCUAUGUUUACAUGUGAAUGUAUUCAUCUUGUACACGAGACGGGGAAAAUAUUACAUGCUACCCAGUAAUGGAAUUUUCUGUCCUGUACGAUCUUUCUAUGCAAUAUUUGGUGCCAAGUGACGUCAAAACUAAAAUGUCUUAUUCAAUGGUCAUUCUGAUGCACAACCACAAAGGGACGUAACCUGAUAGAAUCGGAGAGCUUGGAAAUGCAAGUAGCUGAUGAGAAAGGUUCAUGCAGCUUUUUACCACAACAUGUACAAGAAAAAGAAUCUGUUACCAAUAUAUGUUUGAGAACAACUAUUUAAGGCUAAGGCUGACAUUCUGUAACACUUUUUGAACAGAAUGUCAGUCCUCAGCCAUGAUAAAUCAUCUUUGAACACAAACAGGUAACAAAUUCUGUUAAUCCAGUAUGAGUGCAUGUGUGUAGAACUUUGCGUAUUUAUCCAGCUUGUGUCUGGUAAUAAUAAGCCCACCUCCUGAAGUCAGGUGCGUAGAACUUUGUGUAUUUAUCAAGUAUAAAGCUUGUGUCUGGUAAUAAUAAGCUUACCUCCUGAAGUCAGGUGUGUAGAACUUUGUGUAUCUAUCCAGCUUGUGUCUGGUAAUGAUAAGCCCACCUCCUGAAGUCAGGUGUGUAGAACUUUGUGUAUUUAUCCAGCUUGUGUCUGGUAAUAAUAAGCCCAUCUCCUGAAGUCAGGUGUGUAGAACUUUGUGUAUUUAUCCAGCUUGUGUCUGGUAAUAAUAAGCCCAUCUCCUGAAGUCAGGUGUGUAGAACUUUGUGUAUUUAUCCAGCUUGUGUCUGGUAAUAAUAAGCCCACCUCCUGAAGUCAGGUGUGUAGAACUUUGUGUAUUUAUCCAGCUUGUGUCUGGUAAUAAUAAGCCCACCUCCUGAAGUCAGGUGUGUAGAACUUUGUGUAUUUAUCCAGCUUGUGUCUGGUAAUAAUAAGCCCACCUCCUGAAAUCAGGUGUGUAGAACUUUGUGUAUUUAUCCAGUAUAAAGCUUGUGUCUGGUAAUAAUAAGCCCAUCUCCUGAAGUCAGGUGUGUAGAACUUUGUGUAUUUAUCCAGCUUGUGUCUGGUAAUAAUAAGCCCACCUCCUGAAGUCAGGUGUGUAGAAUUUUGUGUAUUUAUCCAGCUUGUGUCUGGUAAUGAUAAGCCUACCUCCUGAAGUCAGGUGUGUAGAACUUUGUGUAUUUAUCCAGCUUGUGUCUGGUAAUAAUAAGCCCACCUCCUGAAAUCAGGUGUGUAGAACUUUGUGUAUUUAUCCAGUAUAAAGCUUGUGUCUGGUAAUAAUAAGCCCAUCUCCUGAAGUCAGGUGUGUAGAAUUUUGUGUAUUUAUCCAGUAUAAAGCUUGUGUCUGGUAAUAAUAAGCCCACCUCCUGAAGUCAGGUGUGUAGAACUUUUUGUAUUUAUCCAGUAUAAAGCUUGUGUCUGGUAAUAAUAAGCCCAUCUCCUGAAGUCAGGUGUGUAGAACUUUGUGUAUUUAUCCAGUAUAAAGCUUGUGUCUGGUAAUAAUAAGCCCACCUCCUGAAGUCAGGUGUGUAGAACUUUGUGUAUUUAUCCAGUAUAAAGCUUGUGUCUGGUAAUAAUAAGCCCACCUCCUGAAGUCAGGUGUGUAGAACUUUGUGUAUUUAUCCAGUAUAAAGCUUGUGUCUGGUAAUAAUAAGCCCACCUCCUGAAGUCAGGUGUGUAGAACUUUGUGUAUUUAUCCAGCUUGUGUCUGGUAAUAAUAAGCCCAUCUCCUGAAGUCAGGUGUGUAGAACUUUGUGUAUUUAUCCAGUAUAAAGCUUGUGUCUGGUAAUAAUAAGCCCAUCUCCUGAAGUCAGGUGUGUAGAACUUUGUGUAUUUAUCCAGCUUGUGUCUGGUAAUAAUAAGCCCACCUCCUGAAGUCAGGUGUGUAGAACUUUGUGUAUUUAUCCAGCUUGUGUCUGGUAAUAAUAAGCCCAUCUCCUGAAGUCAGGUGUGUAGAACUUUGUGUAUCUAUCCAGCUUGUGUCUGGUAAUAAUAAGCCCAUCUCCUGAAGUCAGGUGUGUAGAACUUUGUGUAUUUAUCCAGCAUAAAGCUUGUGUCUGGUAAUAAUAAGCCCACCUCCCGAAGUCAGGUGUGUAGAAUUUUGUGUAUUUAUCCAGCUUGUGUCUGGUAAUAAUAAGCCCACCUCCUGAAGUCAGGUGUGUAGAACUUUGUGUAUUCAUCCAGUAUAAAGCUUGUGUCUGGUAAUAAUAAGACUACCUCCUGAAGUCAGGUGUGUAAAACUUUGUGUAUUUAUCCAGUAUAAAGCUUGUGUCUGGUAAUAAUAAGCCCAUCUCCUGAAGUCAGGUGUGUAGAACUUUGUGUAUUUAUCCAGCUUGUGUCUGGUAAUAAUAAGACUACCUCCUGAAGUCAGGUGUGUAGAACUUUGUGUAUUUAUCCAGCUUGUGUCUGGUAAUAAUAAGCCCACCUCCUGAAGUCAGGUGUGUAAAACUUAGUGUAUUUAUCCAGCUUGUGUCUGGUAAUGAUAAGCCCAUCUCCUGAAGUCAGGUUUGUAGAACUUUGUGUAUUUAUCCAGCAUAAAGCUUGUGUCUGGUAAUAAUAAGCCCACCUCCUGAAGUCAGGUGUGUAGAACUUUGUGUAUUUAUCCAGCUUGUGUCUGGUAGGUGUGGCUCACUGGGCUCAUUGUUGAAAAUGAAUAUUUAUUUUUGUGGAAUUUUCAACUAAAUAAAAACACUGCAACAAAUCAA